CUCGGCGUGAUCGUGGUUCACGGAGCCACGCGGGGGGGCAGCAUCCAGGACUCGGUGGGACAGAUGCUUUCUUGACCCUCGUGGGAUACUUGUCCCUCACGUGACCUGGAGCUUCGCGACAAGAUGACCUCCUCCAAUUGCAGCAACAGCAGCAGCAGCAGCUUGGCGGACACGGUCUUCGUGGGCUUCUACGCCCUCAUUUUCAUGCUGGGGCUGGUGCUCAACCUGGCCGCGCUUUACAUCUUCUUCCGCUGCAGCAGCAUCCGCUCCCUCACCACCGUCUACAUGAAGAACCUGGCUGUCUCCGACCUGCUCCUGGUGGUGUCCCUGCCUGUCCGCAUCUACUACUACAGCAGGCGGCCCAAUCUGGGAGACCAGGUCUGCGAGAUCACGGGGCUGCUGCUGCUGGUCAACAUGUACGGGAGCAUCUUCCUGCUGACCUGCAUCAGCUGGGACCGCUGCAUGGCCGUCUGCUUCCCCAUGCACCCGCGGGUCAAGGCGCUGCGCAAGCAGGCCAAGUUCAUCUGCCUGGGCGUCUGGCUGCUGAGCUGUGCCGGCACCGUGCCCACCUACUUCACCCGGAUGAAGGAACACAGGGCGAUGGAGCACUGCUUCGACAACCAGCCCAAGUACGUCACCCAGCGCAGCGUCUCGUUGGCCAUGGCGCUGUGCUUCGCCCUGCCGUUGCUGGUCAUGGUGGUCUGCUCCUGGGCCCUGCUCCGCGCCAUCCACCGCAGCGCAGCCGCCCAGAUGGAGCUGGUGAACAGCGCCAAGAUCCGCAGCAUGAUCGUGGCCAACGUCACCAUCUUCCUGGGCUGCUUCCUGCCUUUCCACCUGGUGCUGAUCUGCUACCAGGUGGACGCCCUGAAGGGCGAGACGCUGGAGUUCUCCUACCGCUGCACCUUGCUGGUGGCCUCCGCCAACGCGGCCCUGGACCCACUGGCCUAUUACUUCGCCACCGAGACCUUCCAGCGCAUGGUGGUGAUGGACAACCUACGCAAGGCCUGGGGCCUUCACACCGACAGCGCCGAGGGGCAGAGCCGCUCCCAGACCGCGCUCAGGCAGUGCAUCUACCUGCAGAACAUCAUGGCCAUGCCGAACAGCACCCCGCUGGUGGGGAGCCCCAGCAGGGAGCCCCAGAGCUAGCAGGCCACCCAAGGCCCCCUGGGCAGGGCACAGGGCAGCGGGACGUGCGUGAGGGAGGAGGGUACUUUGGUACGUGGGCGACCCAGGUUGAGGGUGUGGCUGGCUCGGGUUCCAGUGGGCGCUGGGAUGUCACAGGCUGGGUUUGCGCCGGGUGCUGGGACAGGGGCGUCGCAGGCUUGGGUUGGGCCGGGCACUGGUGCAACCCACACACCUGGGCGUGAGGCUCUGUCCCGUCUAGUGGCACCAAGACCACUCAGAAAUGAAUGAAUCUGCUACAGCCGUAGCUACCAGCCAGCUGGCUUUUGGCUCCUGCAGUAGAGGCUCCGGCACUAAGCUACAGAGGUCCCAGGUUCAAUCCUGCCCUCCGACUACCGGGGUCUGCCAGCGUUACGCUGGGUUUGUGCCAGGCGCUGGAACGUUGCAGGCCGGCUUUGCCCCAGGCACUGGGAUGGGGGCAUCGCAGGCUGGCUUUGCCCCAGGUGCUAGGAUGGGGGCGUUGCAGGUCAGGUUCGCACCAGGCGCUGGGACGUUGCAGGCCGGCUUUGCCUCAGGCGCUGGGAUGGGGGCAUCGCAGGCUGGCUUUGCCCCGGGUGCUGGGACGUUGCAGGCCGGCUUUUCCCCGGGCGCUGGGAUGGGGGCGUUGCAGGCUGGCUUUGCGCCGGGCGCUGGGGCGUCGCAGGCUGGCUUUG